AUGGAUCCCACGACGCAAACCAUCGCAGGUCCCGGGAACCCACUGAUGGGUGGAGGUGAUGUUUUUGCAGGCAAGGUCAUCAAAAACCUGGGCACUUUCGGCUUUAUCCAGCCGGAUGGCGCCACGGACGAGCUGUUCGUGAUGCCGAAAAGCUGCAAAGGCUUCAAUGACGUUUUGCCGCCGAUUGGGGCCAGAGUACGCUACGAGUUGGUGGUGGAUGAGAGGACGCUCCGGACCCGAGCCGAGAACGUCUUCCCGGAAUCCGAUUCGGUGACGCCAGGUGAGCAACCUACUGGGACGCUCAGUGGCACCAUCCAAGAAAGCUCAGCCGAGUAUGGCAUCAUCGCACAGGACCACGAUGGCAGCAAGAUUUCCUGCUUGCCCGGCUCCUUCCAACGUGCCUUUGGCCAGAGCGCCAUCCCCCCGGUCGGCACGCGGGUGAUGUACGACGUUGUUGUCGAUUCGCAGAAUUCCGGCCCUCGGGUCGAAAAUGUCCAACCUCUGGACGCUAGCAAGGUCGGAAACGGAAAAGGUGGCGGUAGCAACCCAGCUCCGGCCAAUGGCACCGGCACUCUUGGGGUCGUUGGCAAAGUUUGCAACGGGUAUGGCUUCAUCGACCAGGAUAAUGGCGAGAAGAUUUUUGUCCUACCCUUCUCUUGCGCCGCUUUUGGAAAUCAAAUUCCGCCCGUUGGAACACGCGUUGCGUUCGACAUCGGCCCAGACCCGAAAACUGGCAAAAGCAGGGCCGAGAAUGUUAGAUUGGGGAUGAAGACCGGCACGAUGGGCAAGAGUGGGCCACAGUUUGGCUUCAUCAACCAGGAUAAUGGUGAGGGCGAGAUGUUCGUCCUGCCGAAGUCGUGCGGCGGCGAGCUCCCACCAGUCGGAACUCGUGUGAUGUUUGACAUUGUGCAGGAUCAGAAGACAGGGCGCCCUCGCGCCGAGAACGUCCAGCCGGAGGGAGGCUGGAACGCCCCGCCGACGGCCGGCAUGGGCGGCGGCGGUAUGGGUGGCGGACUGGGUGGCAAUAUGUCCACCAGUUCCGGCACUGUCACGCAGAUUGGCCCGAACUACGGCUUCAUCCAGUCCGAUGCAAACGAGAAGGUUUUUGUGCUUCCUGGGUCCUGCACAACUCUCACGGGAGAAGUCGGCUUCCCGCCACUCGGAACCAGAGUUUCCUAUACAAUGGUGGUGGACGGCAAGACGGGCAGACCGAGAGCAGAAAGUGUCCGGCCAGAGGCCGUGGGGAUGGCGGCCGCACAAGGGGCCCUAGAUCAUUCCGGAACCAUCCAGCAGACAGGGGAGAAGUACGGCUUCAUUCUGCAAGAUGAUGGGCAGAAAAUGUUCGUCAUGCCCAUUUCCUGUGACGUCUUUGGCCGGGUCAUACCGCCUGAAGGAACGCGGGUCAGCUACCGCGUGGUCAUGGACCGCAAGACGGGACGGCCUCGGGCCGAAGAUGUCUGCCCGGAGGGCACCGCCCCGCCGACGCUGCAGCCAGCGUUGCAGACCACCAUGCCCCAGCAGCAGUGGGGCACACCGAUCGGCUUGGGGCCUGUCGGUGGGCCUGUCGGUGGGCCCGUCGGUGGGCCCGUCGGUGGGCCCGUCGGUGGGCCCGUCGGUGGGCCGGUCGGUGGGCCGGUCGGUGGGAACGGGAUGUCUGAGAUGACCGGGACCAUCAUCCAGGUUGGCCCAACCUACGGCUUCAUCCAGUCUGAUUCUGGCGAGAAGCAUUUCGUCAUGCCAGGAUCCUGCACUGCCUGCACUGGCGAAGUUGCCAUGCCGCCUGGGACCUCAGAGCAGCUCGAACGGGGCACGGGAAUGGCGGCCCCCACUCCAAACGCGGGCCUGGGCGGCCUGGGCGGCCUGGGCCUAGACUAUGCUGGAACGAUCCAACAGCGGGGAGAGAAGUACGGCUUCAUUAUGCAAGAUGAUGGCCAGAAAAUGUUCGUGAUGCCCAUCUCUUGUGCAUCGUUCGGGUCUGUCAUACCGCCAGAAGGCACGCGAGUCAGCUACCGCGUGGUCCUGGACAGCAAGACCGGCCGACCCCGAGCCGAAGACGUUUGCCCAGAGGGGACGGCAAUUGCUCGCAAAGAUGCCCCAGGCAAGGCAGAACUUGGCUGUAGACCCUUAUAA